AAACCAAACAGGUCAACAGCAGCAGCAGCAGCAGCAAGACAGUAGCCAACCAAGUCUAAGCAAGGACGUUUCUUCUACAGCGCAUUUGUGCCUGGAUAUGCCCGGACGCAGCUCUCCAUCAUGUUGAGCAGGAAGGGGUCUAGUGCGGGGAUGAUGAGUGUCGCAGCCGGAGUGGACCGUAGCAGGGUCGGGGAGAGGCUGCAGGCUGCUCUGGCCGGGCUGCAGGAGCUGCAUCUGCUGAAGGAAAGGCAGAGCGACAUGGUGAGCUGGGCGCUGAGGAUGGACCGAGAGGAGCCGGUCACUGUUGUCCACACAGGCCCGGAGAGUCCUAGGGUGAUGGGGGCUGAGGAGCAGCGGCUGGAGGCGACCCUGACAACCCUGAAGCAACAGCUGUCUCGUCUACGAAAACAGGAUGUUGGCCUGAAGACACAUUUGCAGCAGCUGGAUCAACAGAUCAGUGAGCUGAAGCUGGACGUGAGCAAGGCCUCCACAGAGCAGCUGGAGAGUGACAGCAGGCCAAGUUCAGGUUUCUAUGAGCUCAGUGAUGGCGGCUCUUGCUCCUUGUCCAACUCCUGCACCUCCGUGUACAGCGAGUGUCUGUCAUCCUCUCAGACAAGCCUUCUCCUCCUUCCCACGAGUCCUGCAAAUUCCCACAUUCCCCCGCCAGUACAAGUAGAUGUAUGCCGCAGACGUUCUGCUGAUGAGAGCACCACCCAGCCCAACCCUCCGCGGGCCACAGGCCUCCAUCUGGGCAGCAGCAGGAUCCGAGCAAGCACCGAAAAGGCUCGACCGAGACCUGUGUCAACAGGUGAUCUUGAUAGGAUGAUGGCUCAAGGACCAUGCUACUACAAAUCCGUGGAUGCAAAGAAACCCUCGAUGUGCUCAAACCUGAAGACCUCCACAAUGGACCCCAAGUUCCAAAGCAACCUGGUGUCUCGCAGUGGGACGGAAGUGUACCACUACCCCAGCCCCCUGCAUGCUGUGGCUCUCCAGAGUCCAAUCUUUUCCCAUGGAGGUGACCCAGCAACACCUGGACCUCUAGAGGGCCAAGGCCCCCCAGUGAAUGGUUCUGACACUCUCCAGAGGGCACAAAGUGGUCAUGAGACCAAGACCCUUGGUUAUAUUGACAAGCUCCUCCUGCGCAGCUUGAACAAAGUCCAGAGUGAAACAGGCGCAGAGACUCUGCAGACACACAGUGACUAUCACAGGAGACCCACUGAAGUUUUAACUGUGUUUCCUGAAGUAUCUCAGAAAGAGGUGUCUGUGCUGCAGCCUCUUCCAGCCCAGACCACAAACAUCAUCCCAAUAGAUAGUGACCAGAAGAGACACUGCAUGACAUUUUCCAGCCAAGAGCAGGCUGAUAACCCAAACCACAAUCAGUCAGUGAGAGCCCCAGAGGUUUCAUACCGAUACUCCUAUCCUACUGCGGUGAGGGAGUACAGCUCUGAUGAGGUCACCACUUUAUCUCUGAGGAAGAAUGAUAAACCCCAUGGAGAAUAUGGUAGCGUAAUAAGAAGCAAUUCAGAGAAUAGAUCUGGGAAUCAUUUACAGUCAAUGCCACUAGAGAGGCGGGGUUAUAGGCAAAGAGUAAUGGCCCACAGCUCCAGCACAGAGGACAGUCAAGGCUUUGAGUUUCAAGCUGGUCACGCAGCUUCCCCUGAGUUUGUCCAUGCCAAAUUUGUCCCCGCUGGAACUCAGAGAGUCAAGGUGAGACAAGCAGACCGUAAAACCAAAGCUGUGAAACUGAGACGAAAAAGCAGCGAGAAGCCUCGAGCCAUGAGGCAGCAACAUGGCUACUCUUCGGGUGAAAGGACCAUAGAGGCCAGUUGUGGAAACAAGGGGGAUCAGAGAAGAUCAGGAAAAGCAAAAGUGACCCAGAAAUUCACCACCUGUCACUCAGAGGAGCGCAGACAGGGCUCAGGCUCAGACUCUAGCCACUGUAGCCCUGGACUCAUGUAUACCCACAAGGUCCAUCCUAAGCCACAUCCCAUCCCUGUUGUUAUGAAGUCCAGCAAAAGCCGCAGACUGCAGUGCCUGGAGUAUGAGCAGCCUGUAGAGCUGAGGAAGAGGAGGCAGGGGGCUGACAAAUGGCCGUCCGAUGUAGAGAUGUUCCAGGCCUUACGUGCUCAGCGUCAGAGGUCAAAAGAGCCUCAUGCUCAGGCCCCAGGGAGCAUGCAGAUGGUCCGCAGUAUCAGUGCCAAGUCAGGCCAGUGGAUAGGACCUCCUCGCUCCUUCCAAUCCUCCAUCUCCUCUAACUCUUUCCUUCACAAUCUUAAUGCCAGAUACCCUCCAGCAGCCUUCCACAUGUCUAGCCAAUACCCACCCAGAUGUGAGUCUGAGUACUCGGCUGAAUGCGCCUCACUGUUUCACUCCACCAUUGCUGAAAGUAGCGAGGGGGAGAUGAGUGAUAACACCACCAACCGCUUCGGAGAUAGCGAGUCCAGCCAGAGUUUCCAGUCCUUCUCAGACUCUGACAGCAGUCUGUCCCUGGACGAGGAGGACCAGGUGGACAGCCAGGACGAGAGAGGUCUGGUGUGGGCUGAGGCGGCUCUGGGGCCCACCGCUGCUGGACGGUCCCUCCAGCAUCUCCCACGCCCCGAGCCAUCAGCCUGCCGCAUCAAAGCUUCCCGUGCCCUGAAAAAGAAGAUUCGUCGGUUUCAGCCUGCUUCCCUGAAGGUCAUGACCCUGGUGUAGCAAAGUUCCCCCUGGCAGAGUGAGAACUGCUGGGAAAACAGAGAGCUGUAUGGAAACCUGGUCUUUGAGCACAGCAACCUUAAUUAUCACUGAGAAGCAGCAAUUAGACUGGACUCCAUGUGUGCACUGAUUGUUUUCUUUAAAAAAUGUUAAGAAUUUACAUUAGUUGAACCUGAAACUGUACAAAAAGGUGCAUUGUAUAAAAGCAUGUAUAACACAGUUAUUACACUUACACUUAAUUUGUGAAUAUUUAUGUUGUUGUAAUUAAAGUUUCUCAUAGCAUGUGGCUGCAUUGAUAAUUUCAUGGACAUUUCUGUCAUAUAAUUGUAUGUACCUGAAAAAUAAAAACAAUCUUUUUACAUUUCUUAUUACAAA